GGUCCCCCAGCCACUUCCAAGAGAGCUCGAGGCAGCAAGAGAAGCUGCCUUCCAGUGACCGAAAAUGAUUACCCGUUCUCAAGUGUGUAAGAAAAAGGAGGAUGUGGCUGUGAGGAAAUCGGCACGCCUCAUGAUGAAGCAGAAGAAGCAGGCCAAGAAGCAGGUGGUUAAAGGGGAGCAUCAGAUCAGAGCUCAGGCGAAGAAGAAAGCAAAAGUCCAGAAGAAGAAGCCGACCGGCGGGGAGGUAAAAGCCAAGCGCCCUGCAGUGGGCCCCCGUGGCAAUAGUGGCCGCUGUGGCCAAGCUCGCCCCUGGGGCCUUGCCGACCAAGCCGGACCCUAUGACCAAGCUGGUCCCCACUCAGCUCAACCACCUGUGAAGCUCCCACGAGGCAAGAAAGGGAUGCAGAAGUAUGACCAGAGAGGCAGGCUGAAUCUGAAUGGAGAAGACCUCUGUGACUGCCUGGAAGAAGAUUGCCUGGGCUGCUUCUACCCAUGCCCAGAGUGCCAGUCCACCAAGUGUGGGCCCACCUGCCGCCGCAACCGGAAGUGGAUUUACGAGGCCAUUGCCAACGAGAGUGGAAACGUGGUCAGCACCUUCCCAUUUCCCCAUGCUAAGUAUUAAAGGAGUCUGGAUUCUCCUGGGACUCUUCUCAGAGUCUCCCUUCUGCAGUUUAUGAAGUGG